GAGGAUGUGUGUGUGAGGGCGCACGGACUCAGUGUGUGUGUGUCUAUAUAUGCGCGUGGGGGUGUGCGCGCGCGCGCGUGCCAGUGUCCUCAUACUUAAAUAUGCGGCGUCUGCUCCGAGCGCUUAAAGCUGAUUCCUCGCGCGCCGGUGAUGUCAUUUGGGACCACCGAUCGACACAGUUCAGGUCACUGCGCAACUUCUGCUGUUCUGGAUGGAGCCUGCGCUAUUAAUAACCCGUAUGUAACAGACGUCUCCUGAAGCUCAACUUUUCUGGAUAAAGAGGAAAGAUGAUGUUGCACUCACAGUGGGCUCUAAUCUGUCUCCUUCUGCUCAGGGCAGGAACUGCAGGAGGUGAAAUGACAUCGCAGUGUGGGGUUUCUCCUGCUGGGGCGCUGCACCCUGUACAUGCUCAGCUUGAACGCUUUGAGGCCGGGCCAGGCUGUGCUGCCAGAGAGGGCGGAGCUAAAGAGACCCAUGUCAUCACUGUGGCAAGACCUAAUUACAGCACUGACAACCUGGUGACCGUGGUUCUGAGGCCACUAUCAUACACACAUCCUGUCCGUCGCCCAGUCAUUCUUGUACUGAGUUCCCAGCAUACCAUGCGCUGGGUUCUGGAGGGUGAGGGUCUGCCGGAGAAACUUCACAUCCUGGUGCAGGUCUCAGCAAACUCCACUCUGGUGGAUGGGAGUGUGCUGGCUCGUGUCCAUGCCAUCCCUUCGUUGCCGUGGCGACCUCGUGCUCUACUACGCUGGACCCUCCAGCGUCAUGCAACUGUCUCCUCCCUUACACACUCGACCACUGCCAACCGCAUUUACCUUCGCCUUGGAGAGGAUCCCAGCAUGCCAAGCGUGUGUCGCCUGCAGUCUCUCUUUCUCUCUCAUAACUACAUGGUGUCUAAGCUGCAGGAACAGGAAGUGAACGGCUGCACUUUCUCAGAGAGAUUCUCCAACCCAGAAGUGCAUGUCAUCAAGCUAUGGUCUGCUGGCUCAGGACUUUGUGGGUCGUUACAGGUGGAGGUGUCUGUCUCUCUGCUGCCCCCUGUGGCUGAUGCUGGGUGGUGUAAUGUAGUGCUAGUGUUAAGCAGUGCUGUUCCGGUAAAUUUGGCUCUUGUGACUCCGGGUCUCCGUGGCCACAUCACAGUUUACUCAUCCCACAGUGUGACACCGCUGUAUCCUCCCAAACCCGACCUCACCAUGAGUAGCACCAUGGUCCCAGACCUCAUUGUAACCCCUGACUUGCUCACCUGGGCCAAUCAGAAUGGUUAUCCAUCUCUGAUGUCAUACACGGAAGCCCAUCUAGCUAAUCGCCUUGUGAUCAAGUUGAAAGGGAGUGGGGCAGUGCAGGAUGCCAGGGAGGCAAAGGUGGAGGAGACCUGGCUGAGACAGUGGCUGUCUCAUGAGGUCGGAGAUGGUCCAAGCAGCAGCAACGUCGUCAGCGUGCAGUGUGUGGAUGGACGCCUCGCUGUCUCUGUCGAUAAAAGCUCCUUACAGGCUCUCGCUCUGUCAGUUUCAGCUGUAACCCUCAGGGACCCCUCGUGCCAAGCACGGUCCAACGGGAGCCAUUUCCUCUUGGCAGUUCCAGUCAUUUCCUGUGGGACUGAAGGAGACAUGGAGCAACACGGCAGAGAAGUGCAGUACAAAAACACGAUAUUGCUGUGGAGGUCUAAGCCUUCGUUGGACAAGACAGACAAGACACCAGCCAACGAGUCAACUCCACUGGUUAUACAUUUCAGCUGUAUAGCGCCCCUGCCCGUUCUCGCCAGCGCGUCCACACCGAGCUCGUCCUCCAGGACACAGGGCGUGCUGCGAAGUGGAAGUGGUCCCCUGUCCAGCUCCGCCUCUGGCCCCGCCUACAGCCCACCCUGGCUCCCAGCCUCACACGGCGGUCCUCAUCUCUCCAUGCGACUGUUUGCCACAGACAGAUUUGAGGAGAGAGCGGUGGGACCCUGCGUGGUGACGGUUCACGGGCGUGUGUACGCCGAGAUCUCAGGCAGUAUGGGAGUCAGUGAGAGGCUGGAGGUGAGCUCAUGUGUGUUUUCUCCGCUAUCAGACCGACACGCUCAGACUGGCUGGUCCAUCAUCCGAGACUUCUGUCCUGCGGACCCAUCCUUCAUCACACACACAGACACACGGACACAACACAGAGCGGAUAGGGACGGGGACACAGAGAGCGAUGAGGGAGAAAGAGAGGACAAUGACGAGGAAGGACCGGAGGAAGACGAGGCUGAACGAGAGCAGGACACCAGAGAGGACGAGACACGUCUAGUUCCAAAAACGAGAAGGGAUGGAGAGGGAACAGUAACGGGGAGACUUAUCCCAGACAAAAUCUUACAGAAAACAAAGGACAGAGGAGUGGACGUGGGACAGCGGACAGACAAAACGGAGAAGUUGGAGAAGACGGAGCAGCUCAGGUUCAGCUUCAUUCUGAGGCCAGUGUUCAAUAACUCCAUCCAGUUCCUGCACUGCAGCCUGCAGCUGUGUGGAGGCGCCACUGAGACACGCAGAGACUGCACGAGCACACACGAUGAGACACACGAUGAGACACACGCGACUGCAGCUCCACAGUGUGAGUACAGGACGCUGUCCCGGCCGGUGUUGAUCACAUACGUCCCAGAUGCAGUGGCUGGUCUGGUGCCGCCUCCUGCUGGUAAACUGGCACAGAAGCCUCAUGUGACAGAGACAAUGAUGUCCAGAAACAGCUCAUCUAGUGGCGUUGUGAGCUCGGUGUUGAUCAGUGUGAUUGCUGCGUUCCUGUUGGGUGUGGUCGUGAUGGGUGCGCUGUGGUGCAUCCACACAUGCACAGGGAGACGUGCAACUGUGCGUAGAAACAGUCUCCAGGAGGCGCCAUCCUGGACCCCAAUGUCUCCGCUGGGACAAACCACCAGCUCGUUGUAGAGGUGUUGGAUGAAGCAGAGGAUGGAGUGUGUGUAUGUGUGUGUGUGUACAUGUGAAAGAGCGAGAGACACACUUGGACGAACUGUGCAUCAUAAUAAACUGUAAUUUGAUGAGCCAUGGACUUUAUAACCUCAUCGACGAGCCUCAAGUGCAAACCCGCCGUUUAAUAAACCACUUCGUUUGAUCAGCACCACUGCACCAGAUGUUGACCUUUAAAAUAUGGUGUGAUUGGGUUUACACCACGGUGCGGAUGAAUUCUGGACUCUUGAUUGGUCAGAAAGAAAGUGUUGCUUAGUUUUUUAUAACUGCAGCUCAGACAAUAGCGCAGGAUCAAGUAAAUGUUCUAAUACACUUCAGGCCCUCCAUAUAUACAUAUACACUCCAUAUUCACAAAGCUUUUCAGAAUUCUCUCAGAGAGCUCCUAUCUUCACUAAAACAUUCCUACGUGGGAGUCCUAGACUCAAAGUGAUUUAGGAAACUUCUCAAGGCAUCUCUGAGGAAGGAAAGUACAAAAACCUUUAUCUUAGUGGGGAAGUGUGGUUGACUCCGUUGCUAGGGAUGAUGCAGUAAUUCAAGGACUGUGAUUGAUUGAUUAAAAAUCUGUAAAAGGUAUUAAAAUGCGCAAUUUCUAAAAAUAGAAUAGACAGUGAAAUCAUAAUGUUUGUAUAUAAAGAAAUUGUAUAAUCAUGACUACAGGCUACCUUAUUCAACGUUUCUGUUAUAGGUUCAAUAUCUUAAUUAAAACAGUCAAAUGUGUCUACUUUUGAAGCCACCAAUUUCCACACAGUAGUUACUAUAUUUAAGUUCUUACAUUUAUUUGAUUUUAUUACUUGAUUUUAUUACUUGUGAUACAUUUCAGAUUGAUGGGAGCAAAAUGGCUCAGCUUUUACCAAUUUACAUGAUGGAAGGACAGUCUAUUUAAGUUGUACUUUUGGAUGGUACGUACCCAACAAUCCAAGAGAAAUUAGACAGAAGAGCAGAGUUUACACUUAUGUUCAGUGCUUGGAGAAUAUUUCUUCUUUCCGCCAUUUUGUCCUCUGCUAUAGAAACUCCUAAACCUCUUAAAAGUCCUCUUCUCUACUCUUAACACUUUUUACCCUAGAAGCUGUUUUUAGGGAUAAGAUGUUUCAUUAAUCAUUUUCAUCUUUACUAAGAUUCAGUCCUUAAUUUAAGAGUAAGUUCCAAGACAAUAUCAUAAUUCUAAGAAUUCUCUUACAAUUUUCUCACUAGGAGCAACUUUUAGGCUUUAGAAGCUUUGUGAAUAUGGACCCAGGUUUUUUACAGGCAGUUCUUUUUACGAGAUGUUUAUGUCGCGUUUAUGGAAGGAGUCGCUAGUGUUAGUGCUUAGCAACAUUCAGAGUUGAAGCUUUAACUUUUAUUACUUUAAGACAGAGAUGAGUUUACGAGAUGAGUUUACGAUUUUACACCUUACUUUAAGGUCCCAUGUAACAUGACAUAUUUUUGUUGUUACAUAAACUUUAUUAGAAAAAGAGUGAGAGAGAAAAAGAGAGGCAGGCGAGGGAACCAGUGAUUAUACCCACUAGAACAGGAACAUGUUUUGCAGAUGCGUAAUUAUAAAUGAGUAUGAAGUUACAUGACAUCCUUUAAUAAUUAAAAAAAAAAAAGGUAAAAAUGUUGCAUAUAAAAACAAUAUAUAUAUAUAUAUAUAUAUA